CGAGAGAGACCCAGGCCUAAAGGCACAUACGCGGCCGCUUAAGCUUCAUAAAACGCACCGCCUUCAAAGUCAGUUGGGUACUUGGGUUGGGCCGGCAGGCCUAAACUCCAAGGCCAGAUUUCUCCCGGCUUUCAGACCGUAAAUCAAUUGAACGAAUCAGCGAACGAUCCGAUCUCUCUCCCCCCAUCCCCAACAAAAUAUUUUCAGCUCUGCGAAGUGUCUUCAGUUUAUUCUGCUGCUUUCGGGAUCGAGCAGGGAGGUUGAAGGAGACAGGCACAAGAUCGCCUAAUUGCUUCGCUGAAAAAUGGCUGCCAUCUUAGCUCGAAAGUCUCUCUCCGCUCUCCGCGCUCGGCAGCUGGUUGUAUCUGGUCAGGCAUUGCGGACCUCACCUCUGUACGCCAUGCGAUCCAGUGCUUUAUAUUCAACAGACAGAGAGGAUAUAGAGAGAGAGGAACUUGCAAAGGAAAUUUCCAAGGAUUGGAAUUCUGUGUUUGAGAGAAGCAUAAACACACUCUUCCUUACCGAAAUGGUCCGUGGGUUGUCGUUGACCCUGAAGUACUUCUUUGAGCCAAAAGUUACUAUCAACUACCCGUUUGAGAAGGGUCCUUUGAGUCCUAGGUUUCGUGGAGAGCAUGCCCUCCGUCGAUAUCCUACAGGAGAGGAACGUUGCAUUGCUUGCAAGCUUUGUGAAGCUAUUUGCCCCGCUCAAGCCAUCACAAUUGAGGCAGAGGAACGAGAAGAUGGAAGCCGUAGGACUACUCGGUAUGAUAUUGACAUGACCAAGUGCAUCUACUGUGGAUUCUGCCAAGAGGCUUGUCCUGUUGAUGCCAUUGUUGAAGGACCAAAUUUCGAAUUUGCCACCGAAACCCACGAGGAGCUUUUGUACGACAAGGAGAAGCUGCUCGAGAAUGGUGACCGUUGGGAAACUGAGAUUGCCGAGAACCUCAGGUCUGAGAGUCUGUCGCUGAGAGUGCCAUUUGAAGCCAGUUGUUCACCUUAAUUUGAACAUGGAGAAUAAAAGAAUAUGCCUGUAGGGACUGAAAGCUAUUCAGAUUUCCGCAGUUGUAGUUUGAUAUUUGAUCGUGAAGUUAUGCUUUGCCCUGUAAUUGUUGGGAGGGCACUUGGUGUUCUCUAGCUGCAAGUUCCGGUAUUACCUCAAUAAUUUUUCGUCAUAAUCUUAUUAUUAUGUGAAGAGAAUUAGCUGAGUCUCCUGGUGUAACUAAGGGAAUUUCUAAUGUG